CUUCCUAAUAGCACUUGUAUUCUCUUUCGCACCACCCCGUGAAAACGCUUCUACUUAGACUUGGGUUGGUUACACAUCAAUUACACUCUCUUCACCGCCGGCUUUAGCAUUCUUCCUUUGCUCCCUAUCCUUCACAUCGCUCCUACUACGUACCGUCGCACUAUUCCCAUCAUGCCUCAGCCCUGCUUCAACCCUCUCGUUCAUACGUAUAACACCACCAUCCUCGCCCUCAAUGACGCAAGAGCAACCGUUAGCUCGCAGGCCGCCACGGUCACCGGCCUGCGAGCCGCGCUCAAGUCCCAAAAAGAAGAUUACGAGUCCAUGCUGUCGACGCUCAAAUCGCACAACGGAUCGCUGGAAGCCUCGCUCAACACGUCCAAUUCCGAAUGCGACGACUUGCACGACCAGCUCAAAUCCCUGAGGCAGGACAAGGAGGGUCUAGAGCGGGAGAAGACGAGCUUGGAGACCAGGCUUGAGGGCGCGGAGAAGGAGGCACGAAGGUGGAAGGAGGCCGGAGAAGAGAGCAUGGCUGCGCGCCAGGAAGCCGUCGAGAAGAGCCUGGACAAAAAGGCGAGGACGAAACUAUAA